GUUUUAGUUUCCCCAUCUCUAUGAGCAAUAUAUAAAUAAAUAAAAAUUUGUGAUUAACAACGUCGUUUACAGUUAAUUGGUAGAUAGAGGCAUUAAAUUGUAAAGAUUUGUUGGUUAUUUUGUAUGCCAACUGUCCCACAAAGCAAAUCUUGGCUUGGAAAUCUUUAAUAAAUUCCAAACUAAAUAAUGGGAUGCGAUGGCGGAACCAUUCCCAGGCGCGAUGAGCUGGUGCGCGUGAAGCAAAAGCCCGAACAGAAAGACAAGGAUGCGGAGAGGGAGUUUCGGUGGCGCCACUGCACCCUGACCCAGCAGCGCCUUCAGGAGCCGAUCGCCAUGUGCGGCAUGGGCAGGCUGUACUCCAAGCAGAGCGUGAUCGAGCGGCUGCUGGAGAAGGAGCCGAUGCCGGAGACGGCGGCGCACGUGAAGAGCAUGAAGGACAUCCGCCAGCUGCAGCCGACCCCUAAUCCCGCCUUCACGGAGGAGGACAAGACCGAGGGUCUGCUGGACGCCCGUCACGCUCCCUACAUCUGCAAGCUGAUUGGCCUCGAGAUGUCCGGCAAGUUCCGUUUCGUGGCUCUGUGGAGCUGCGGAUGCGUAGUGUCCGAGCGGGCCUUGAAGCAGAUCAAGGGCAGCGCUGCCAGCACUUGUCCGCUGUGCCAGACACCCUACAGCGUCGAGGACGUGGUGGUGCUCAACGGCAACGACGAGGACCUCGAGCUGAUGCGGGUCAAAAUGGAAAUGCGGGCAGCCAAGCGCAAGUCCUCGAAGAAGGAGAAGAAGGGGGCCAACAAGGUGCAAGUUAAAGCUGAGCCCGAGGAGUCCCAAGAGCCAGUGGCCUCCACAUCAAAGUCUGCUGCGCCGGAGAAGCCCACCACAAGCUCGAAAGUCAAGGCGGUGGCUCCGCUCAAGCGACUGGGUGCCGUCAAUGCCAUGCAGGAUCCCGAACUGAAGCGUCUCAAGAGCGAGUUCAGCGUGGCCAAGGAUCCCAAGGCCAGCGACGUGUACAAAUCGCUUUUCACAACCCACAAGACCGAGAAGGACCAGGAGCGCGCCCACUGGGUCACCUACAAUCCCUUUUACAAUUAAUAUAUAGUUUAGUUUAAGCUUGCCCUUUCACAUCAGUCACAUUGGGACUUGGUGCGUAGCCUGAUCCUAUAAACCAGACACACACAGUUCAAUCAAAUACAAUCGACGACAAUGUUUCGUUCAGCCUACCAGAAA